UUGAUGCAGAGGAUGGCUUAUGCACUCCCGAAAAAACCACAGAAGAACCGGGCAGGAAGCAAAGGGAAAGCCAACAGCCACUGGAAAGUGUGGAAGCAGCGUUGGCAGCUUGUGAGGUGACUAUAGACAAGGUCGCUGAAGAAAAUCAAUCUGCUGAUGGGAGUUUCUCACUUUCAAAUCCCACAGAUGCCAAGAUUACUGGAGAAAAAGUAUGUGAAGUUGAGGAAGGAAGCUCUGAUAUUGCUGCUGAGAAGCCAUUGGGAAAUUUCACUCGAGAGACUUCUGGAAAAGAUCUCAGCAUGAUCCCGCGAGAUGGAUGUAGCACUCCUGUUGCUAAGAAAUGUUUCCUCUCUUGUGAGCACCCUCUUCAAAACGACUCAGAAAAGCAAGGACAAGAUGUUAAAGGGCAAUUUCCAUUGCUUGAAGCAUGUUUCUCUACCUUUGGGGAGGAAAUUUCCAGCAAACCAGCUUUCAAAAGUGAAAGUGACCUCAGCAGUGUGGAGGGUGGAAUGGAUAAUCAAGAGAAAAUUGAUGAGGGCUCUACCACACAGGAGGACAAUGUAGUUCCUUUUGGAACAGCAUUAAUUAAUGCAUGUGAUAAUGAUUUGAAAGAUACGCUGCAAGUGGAUUGUACAGAUACAUGUCCAGAUGAGCUGGCUGCUGAUACUGAUGAGCAUAAAGAAAAGGAUCCGGUAAUGCGAAGCUUUGAAUCUGUUUUUGAUGAAACUGGCAAAUCACGCAUGGAAACAAUUAAUGCCCAAGCAGUUGGCUUGGUUACUUCGGUGGAGGGGAUCAUUGCUGAAGACAAAGGAGUCUCCAGUGAAAUGGUUUCUUUGCAUUCCCCAAAUACUUCUGACCAUGAAAUGUCAUCCUGCAUGAAUGAUGUCUCAAAGGAUAAUGAUGGAUAUGAAGAUGGGGGAAACCGUGAAGAUGAAAUUCUCUCACCUGUAUUUGAUGGAAAUUCUCUAGGACAAGAUAAUGGAUUUUUGGUCCCCAACUAUUCAAGUCACAGUCUUCUAGAUGCCAAUUCAGAAGAAAACAGAUUUGAGGUGGAAGAAAAGAGCCUUAUUAACUCUUGUGAUGUGAACAAUAUUGUGAGACCGGCAGUUAAAACAGAGGCAUUGAUUGAACCAGCCCUAGGAGUAAUUUCAAGUAGAAAGGAUCAGGUCUUAGUCAUGAAUGAUAGUUCCAGUCCCCAAGUUCGUGGAAAUUUGAGUGCUGAAAAAGGAGCAGAGAUUGAUACCAUUUCUACUACGGUUGCCAGUGAAAGUUUCCCACUGGAUGAAUCAAGUGCACUGAGAAGUUCUGUUAUGAAUGUACAAGGUGAAAUUCAAGAUGUUCUUAACAUAGCCUGUAAUACAGAGGCCGUUACCUUUCACGAUUGCUUGAAAGAACAGAAUCUUGAACAGUGCGAUCAUACUGUCCAAGAGGGAGAUUCACACUUUAGCCCAGACCAACUAGCUGACAAGGAUGAUCUGGAUAAGGCUGUUGCCCAGCUAAAUUGCGGUCCUGAAGAAAUGGUUGCUUUGGUAAAAAGCAAUGUUGAUAUUACACAAACUUUUAAAUCUGAAUUUGCACAUUUUGAGUCCCUGGAGAAGAAAGGAGCUGUGAGUUCUCUUUUUUUGAGCUCGUAUGGCCAUAAGCUGGAAGAAUUGGAUGAUAGCGGUCACCAGGAGGAGAUUGGGAAUAAAGUGGACAAGAUGGAGAUGACUGCAUCAUCUAAUCUAGACUUUUCAGACAAUCAUUCUGCAAACCAUUCUGAAAACCUUGAAAUGACAGAAGCACUUGAAGAAGGAAAUGUUGAUCUUUUUGAAGUAGGCAAUUGUCAUUUGCCAUGUGCUGGUGGAGAGGAUUUGAACGUGCAAAAAGAAGCUGUAAACUUCCAUCAAAAUAGUGAUGGGAGCAUCUGCAAAGUUUAUGAAGUUGGAGAGGAAGCUUCUUCUGCAACUGUGACCAUCAAGGCGGUGGAUAUGAUUAAGAAGGAAGAAUAUGGAAAUGCAACAUCAGUUUUUCUCCAAGAUUGUGCUCAAUUUCAUGGAGAUGAGUCUUCAAUGAUCAAUCUUGACACUCCAGUCACUCCAGGAGUGGCUGCUGAAGAUCCUAAGUGUAAUUUCAAUGAAGUCUUGGGAACUAUGCUACACUCUGAUGAACAGAAGUUUGAUCUUUUUGAUGAUCAUAGAGAAAAAAGUUCACAGCCAGACCAAGAGGUGCCAGCAAUCUCGGAAUAUCCUAAUCCCUCAGAACCUAUAUCUGCAGAUGUUGGCAUAUAUGUUGGAAAUACAGAAAGCAGACUUAUCCCGGAGGAGAUUAAGACAGAUGCUGUUCAAUUUGAUGAUGACAAAUUAUUUAAGGAAACUCAUUUGGAUGAGGUCAGCAGUUGCAAGAUAGAAGCUGCUCCUAAUGCUGAUACUCAUACCGAGAAAGUGCAUACUUCUCAUGAAGAUAUCAUACAUACGGAAGAUGAACCUAGUGCAUUGAUACUGCAAGAAAAUCCAGAAACUUAUAAUCUUGAGGAUGGCUCUAUGCCAGCCGGAGAAACCAGAGUGUCUCCACAUGGCAUGAGUAUUGGCUAUGAAUGGGAUAAGAUGAAUUCUGCAGGGGAGGAAUACUCAUCUAAAGCAAACAAUGUGGACAUUGGAACUAAUGUCAAAGAGCGGAGCGAUGGGCACAGAGAGGAAGUAAUAGCGCAGGAAGCUCAUAAGCCUCAAGAGGACCAUGCUGUAAUUGGAAAUGCCAGCGACUCUAACCAUAGCUCAAAGGUUUCCAGAGAAGUUGCUAAAGACUAUGCUAGAGACGAUGAAGUUGCUUCUGUGCAAACUGAUCUUGUUCUGUGCGAAUCUUCUUGUACCAAAUAUGAAAGGAUUGUCCAAGACAAUGAAGAAUCGCACAGUUCUGGAAGGCUUGAUAAGACUGCCACUGGAUCCAAGCAACUCUCUGCAAAUGCUGACUCUAGCAGUGACUUCUCUCGGAAUUCAUCAAUAGGAGAUCCAGCAAUUCUUGAAAAUAAGUUUUUGGGGAGUCAAGUGGAGUCGCGGACAUUUACUAGUUGGGGAAUGAGCUUUGUCUUUGGAGACAACUCACUAGACAACGUAAGAAAAUUGGAUGCGCAGGCUGAAGAAGAGAGACUAAAUGGAAAUGGCAAAACCACUGGCAGUGUAGAGAAUGAAGAAAACAGGGAAGAUAUCAUCAGAGUCACUGAUGAUGAGCAUUCUAAUGACGGGGCCACAUUUGAAUAUUCACAUGAUUUGGAACAUGAAAAGAAAGAUGUGACAGAGGAUCACUGCAGUAACUGCAAGGCCACAGAUGAGCUUACUACUAAGAAUGACAAAGAGUCAACGGAGCAAGAAGUCUCUGCCAUGAUUCAAGAGUAUAUGGAUCGCGAGAAGUUGGAAGAUGGGAGUAUUGAGGUCAGGGCUUCCUAUGUUGAUAGCAGAGAGAAAGAACUUGCUUGUGUUGAUGCAAGUGAUGCUGCCCCAUCGGAUGUAUUCCCAAUAUUACAUGAUCCCAGUGACAUAAGAAAGGAGCAAUUGUCAUUUUCAAGUUAUACCAAUGAAAAUGUUGAAUUAGGAACAAAACAGGAGAAAGAGUCAUUUAUUCCAAAUUCAGUCAACUAUACCCCAGCAUCUGUCAAUUUGUCUGCGAGAAAAGAUGUAGCUGAAAAUGUCAGAAUGCAGCAGAUGAACCUGAUAUCGCCUCAGACCAAGAAGCUUAUUAAUUCCUCAAUGGUGGGAAGGACAAAAGCCAGGAGCAAUUUCAUUGAGAAAAUGCCGAAGAAGUUGCUUGUAACUUCAGACAUGAAAGAGAACAUGCCGAGCACUAAGUGGGAGCAAGCUGGUAGUGUCACAGCUUCUAAAACAACAAAAACUAGGAGGGUCUUGGAGGAUCUUCAGAGGAAAGAGAUUUAGAACCUCUGUAGGGUUGAUUGGUCUUUUCCUUUCUAGGAAAAGACCUUGGCACAUCUCAUGCCAGCACUCUAGAAACAGGAUGUAACAUUGAAUGAAACUAACUUAUUCUAAUUGUGCAGUUUGAUUUCUGAACCUUAUAAUGGCAAUACAGCCAAUAGUUUGUACUAUGCAAAUUUGGUCUUGGUAUGAAUCAACUGAAUUCUUGGUUUGAUUCUGAGAAUGGAGUUGCAUCAUCGCAAAGCAAGAAAUGAGAAAUGUAGGUGAGUGGUUGAAGAAA